AUGAGUGAAAAGGGAAAUCGGUCUCAGAAUGAAGGGAUUUUCUCAGAAUCACUUGGUCAGAUUAUUCUCGCCUCUGGCGACUAUUAUAUUCUCCAUGGCUCAGUAUCAGAUAAUGUUAUCGAUGUCCUUCAGAAGCACUCCGACUAUGUUGCAACCAAGUUUCGUUCUCGUUUGGGUUCUGUUGAUUCCCUCUCCCUUUCCCACCUAAUUAACUCAUUUUCAGACUCACCUAUUCAAAUUUCUCGAAUUUAUAGUUUCAUUUUUACCCGAUCUCUCGUGAAUGGGAGUCUUUGUGAGACAGAAUCCUCAAAGUUACUUACCUCAUCCCCGUCAAAUUUAUUGUCUAUUUUUCGCACAACUUGUGAAGAACUUAACGUUAGUGUCGAAGACAAACCCCAAUUACCGCCCUAUCUUCAAGGUGGUCAACAAAUCCGAUCUCAACGAAUAGAUGCCUUUGUUACAAACAAAUCCACAACUAUGCAGUAUGAAGAUUUCUCGCGGUUAAGGAACAGAGCGACCUUAUUUGGGCGGUCCUUUGAUUUCUGGUUGGAACGAGGUGAAUUUAACUUUUCCCAGAAGUCAGACGCAGCAAAGAUCCUAGCCUACUUGGUCACUCUUUGUCUCCGAGAUGUUGUCGAUUGUGCUCUUUAUAAUCGUCAGCGGUUUGGAAUUAACCUCUUCUCCCAAGUCACUGCAAUUGAGUUGCAGCAAGCCUGCUCAGUUUUACGAAAAUUGGAGUAUUUGUAA